AUGACAUGCCUUAGAAUGUACUUGUUUCAUAAGCAAUCACCAAGUGAUAGGGCUCCAAAUACCAUGGGUAUUUCAAAAGACACCGUCCGAGUGCGCGCGCGACAAGUUAUAGUUCAAGCACCAUCUCAAAUAAUAUGGAACGAAAAGUUGGUUUAUAAAUGUGAUCAUCCUUCAACGACGAGAUCAAUACGUAUACCAAUUAAUUAUUCUAGAAAAGACUUUCUUUGA